GGCUUCCGUCUUCGUUGCUUUUUCGAGCGGUGCCUUGUCUCUCAACUUCCAUGGCUGACGACAUCUUACCUUCGAAAUUGUCCCAACCAACCACGAAGUCUCUUCUUCUCCUUUACUGAAAUUUUAUAGAACCCGUGAUUCUUCUCUAUCUUUAAUUUCUCUUCUUCUUCUCGAUGGAUGCGAUCCUUUCACCAGCCGUGGAGGCUGAACGAGCCGCCGACUCAACAAUCGACACAGUUUCUCGUUUGAUCUCCGGCGCUUUCUCCGGCGCACUUACUGGAAUUUUCGCUAUGGGAAAACUAUCACUUGUGUUGGCCCUGCAAAAGUUUGUGAAAAAAGCUGGAGCUUUCACGGGAGCCGUAACUGGUGCGGUAGCAGGCAGAGCUGCCCAGUAUGGAGUACUUCGUGGGGCUGUUCUUGGCGCCGUUGCUGGAGCUAUUCUCUCUGUCGAAGUGUUGGAGGCUUCUCGUGCGUACUGGUAUUUAGAGCUAUCAGGGUCAAGGGGUCCAUCAUCUAUGGCAGAUUUUAUAGAGCAACUCUUUCGUGGGAGACUAGUGGAUGAACAACUUAUGUCAACAAUGAUAAAUUCACACCACUGGCAGCUAAGAAUUUCCGAUGUAAAUUAUGAAGAUCGGGAUGAUGUUAAUGGUGAACCAGAAGCUAGAGGCUUAUCGGGUGAAUCUUUAAGGAAACUACCAUGCUAUAUCAUGUCAAGCGAAAUGAUCAAGAGGCAGGUCACUCACUGCACAAUUUGUCUGCAGGACAUCAAAACAGGGGAAAUCACACGAAGCUUACCGAAAUGUGAUCAUACGUUUCAUUUGGUUUGUGUUGAUAGAUGGCUCAUCAGACACGGUUCGUGCCCUAUCUGCAGACAGGCAGUUAAAGAUUAAAUCACCAGUGUCUUCGAGCUGUGUACAUAGCAAAAACGCAAUAUAUCCUAAUAUAUUGUUGUAAGUCUUAAAACCCUUUCUUCAAUAUUUUUCCCCAUUUUAUAGAGCAACUUUAGCUUCAUCUAUAGGUUUUUCUAUUUUUGAAUGUAUACUAUUGUAGACGUGAAUAAGAACACUUACAGGUGUAUUGGAAAGAAUAUAGAACUCGAUCAAGUCAUGCGAUGAUGCGAUGAUGCAAUGUUACAUUUAAGUUAAUUCUAAUAUUCCUUA